AGAGAGAGAGAGGGCGAGGUAAAGUGGGGAGGAGAAGCUUUUUGCGUAUAAUAAGUCGAGCAAAGCGGUUUCGUUUUGAUUCUCUCGAACGGCGUUUUCUCUGUGAUUCAUUUCUCUUCCAGCAAGAGAGAGAGGCGCUAGAGAGAGAAACCAGAGGGAGAGGGCGAGGGAGGUGCUUUUGGUCUGGUGCUGGCGAGCUCCGCAGAGGAGGCGGCGGCGGCGGCGGUGCGGGUUGUAACGGCCGUCGGGGUUGCCGAGAGGACGGUGCUGCUGGGGUGUUUCUCCGGCGUUACGUUUUUUUGUUUUGUUUUCUCUCUCCCGCGAAGGAGGCGAAUCGCAUUUACAGUUCGCGAGCUGUGAGCUUUGGGCGUCAUUAUUUUCGCGGCGAUUGUUGCGGUUACACAAGGAGGGCGGUCUCUCCGUGCGGACGGAGCUAGCUUUUGGACCUUUCGUCUGUGAUUUCGUCGCCGGCGGAGGUACAGCUUCGGACCCGUUCACUCAGGCAGGGCUCAGAUGAUGCCGGAUCGAGCUGAAGGUUGUGGAGGUGGGGGACGAGAUGAGCUCUAUAACGAGCUGUGGAAGGCCUGUGCGGGCCCGCUGGUCGACGUCCCUUGCCGAGGAGACAGGGUCUACUACUUUCCACAGGGACACAUGGAGCAACUUGAGGCAUCGACAAAUCAGGAACUGAAUCAGAGGAUUCCGCUUUUUAGUCUCGCUUCCAAAAUUCUUUGCCAUGUCAUGCACGUUCGGCUCCUGGCAGAGCAAGAAACAGAUGAGGUUUAUGCACAGAUUACUCUACUUCCAGAAGGAAAUCAAACAGAGCAUACCAGUCCUGAUCCACGCUCUCCAGAACCUCCAAGACCGAGAGUUCAUUCUUUCUGCAAGGUUCUAACUGCCUCAGAUACCAGCACACAUGGUGGCUUUUCUGUCCUCAGGAAACAUGCGACCGAAUGCCUUCCCCCAUUGGACAUGACCCAGUCGACCCCAACCCAGGAGUUAGCUGCCAGGGAUCUUCAUGGAUAUGAAUGGAAAUUUAAGCAUAUAUUCAGAGGUCAACCGCGAAGGCAUUUGCUUACUACGGGAUGGAGUUCGUUUGUCACAUCGAAGAGAUUGGUUGCUGGUGACUCGUUUGUGUUCUUAAGGGGGGACAAUGGCGAAUUGCGCGUUGGAGUGAGACGAGUUGCUCGUCAGCAGAGCAGUAUGCCUUCCUCAGUGAUUUCGAGUCAGAGCAUGCACCUUGGAGUUCUUGCAACUGCCUCUCAUGCUGUCUCGACUCAAACUAUGUUUGUGGUUUAUUACAAGCCAAGGACUAGUCAGUUCAUCAUAAGCUUGAACAAAUAUUUGGAAGCUGUUAACAAUAAAUUCACAGUUGGAAUGAGAUUCAAGAUGAGAUUUGAGGGCGAGGAUUCUCCGGAGAGAAGGUUUUCUGGUACAAUAGUCGGGGUGGAAGAUUUCUCACCUCAAUGGACCGAUUCAAGAUGGCGAUCAUUGAGAGUUCAAUGGGAUGAACAUGCAUCUAUCCCAAGACCUGACAGGGUAUCACCCUGGGAAAUUGAACCCUUUGUGGCUUCUGUGCCUGCAAGCAUCCCUCAAUCAACAGCAGUGAAGAACAAGAGGCCCCGUCCAUCCUCUGAAGUCCCUGCAGAUGCUACUGCUGCGUCUGCUAUCUGGAAUUCUGGAUAUACACAGACCCAUGAUCUGAAAGAACUGAGAGUUACUGAUGAGGGAAAAAGUAGUGAUGGCCGUUUUUUGUGGAAUUACAAGUUGGCAGAUGUCAACAGCACCAGCAGUUCUAUAACAAGGGCUCAAACAGAAGGGGGAUGGCUGCCUUCUCCAUGCUUAAGUGUUUCUCAAAAUAUUCUACCUGAUGCAGUGGAUGACAGCAAGAGCGUCUCUGCUUUGCCUGUGCCCUGCAGGCAAUCGAAAACGCAUCCAUCAAGCUUGAACAAGGAACCAAUGCCCAACCCAGUUGAGGACGGUAAAAAAGUUGAGACAACUUCUAGUUGCCGAUUGUUUGGUAUUGAUCUGAUUAACCACUCUUCAAGUUCACCUCCUUCGGACAAGGCACCCCUUCAAUCUAUGUGUGUAUCAACUGCUACAACUGAAGGACAUGUUCAAACCCCCUUGUCGACAGCUGAUUCUGAUCAGAAAUGUGAUCUUCAGAAGGCUUCUGAGGAAGUAAAACAAGGACAGUUGCAGAAUCCAGGGAAAGAGACUCAGACUAAGCAAAGUUGCUCCACUAGAAGUCGUACAAAGGUUCAAAUGCAAGGAAUUGCCGUAGGUCGGGCCGUGGACUUGACCAUGUUGGAAGGGUACAGUCAACUGAUAGAUGAGCUAGAAGAGAUGUUUGACCUCAAAGGACAGCUUCGACCACGAGAUAAGUGGGAGAUUGUCUUUACUGAUGAUGAAGGAGAUAUGAUGCUCAUGGGUGACGAUCCCUGGCCGGAGUUCUGUAACAUGGUGAAAAGGAUUUUCAUAUGCUCGAGCCAGGAUGUGAAGAAGAUGAGCGCCAAAAGCAAGCUCCCCGUAUCCUCGGUACAAGGGGAAGGCGCCAUAAUAAGCUCAGAUUCAGCAGAUAACUGAAUCGACAGGGCUCUCUCUGGCUCUCUCUCUCUCUCUCUCCUCGUCGCUUUCUUUUCAAGUCGUCAUUCCGUUUUGUUCUUCGAUUUGUUCAUACAAAAGGAACUGGUUUACAUUUAUUUGGAGGGAUGAUGUUAGUUUGAACAGUAAUGUAACUGGACAUCUGUAAGCUCGUUUUUAGGGAGCUGCUGACUUCCAAAAGGAACCUCAUUAAGUAAAGUGAGCUCGAGGGCUGGAGGGAGUUAAUGCAAAAGAGUUAAGCGCUAGAGUCUGUGAAUACUUUCAAUUUCUUCCCCGGGUUGAGAUUGACGUGGGGUCUCUCGUCUCUUUGUACUUGUAAAUAUGUCUAUGGCAGUACGAUGAUCUUUGUUAGUGACUGCAUAGUUUUCU